AUGGAUCAAUAUCAAAACCCGAUGCUGACUCCUGAACAGAACAGAAUCUCUUUUGAAAGGAGAUUAGAUAUGGAGAAGGCUCAAGUUAUCUACGAUAAAUGCAGAAAUUAUGUCCAUUUCGAGCAUAUUCGUGAUUCACAAAUCAUUACAAUGAAAUUGCCACCACUUGUUGCUGAAAUAGUUUCUAUUUCUACAGGUGGUACAAAAUUCAGUAUUGGAUGUGAGCAAUUAGGUAGAUUUAAUAUUGGUCAAAAGAAAUUUACAUAUUCAGUCAAUUAUUCAAUCGGUGGACGCUACGGUGAUACAAAAUUUAAAAUUAAUGAGCCAAUUUCGGACAUUGAUGAUAAAGAUCUCUUUGAUGCCAUUUAUGACGUCAUUGAUCCACAUAGAAAACUUCGUGCAUACAAAUAUCUUAACAUGGCUCUUCCGCAGCCACGUGGCCCAGACAAUUACGUUUCUCCAUUUGAUAUUCCUGAAUUUAGAUGCGAUUUAUGCCAACAAUUGCUACUUUAUAAAGAAGAAAUACCAAAAAUAACCAAAUUUACAGAAUGCAAAUUGAGAGUUGACCUUCCAAUUGCCAUUUAUUUGGUUGAAUGUUUUGCAACCAACCAAUCAAAGAAAGAAAAGGCUCUUACGAACAAAGACUUCCUUACCGAGAGGAAAAUAUACACUCUCAUGCUGUUUGCAGACCUCCCUGUCCUGUUUUACUACAAUGGAAAACAAGUUGAACUCACAUUCGCAGAAUACUGCAAGAUUCCAGCUCAAACCAUCAGAAAUCAGUUAGACUUUGCAAUGAAUAUCUUCAAACAUUGCGAAAAGAUGAUUUGUACGUUCAAUGAAGUUUUGAAUUAUAAUUUUAAGCAAGCGCACACAAUUGAUGCAGAAAAUGAUACAGAUAUUGCUAUUGUCAAAGAAAUGGACCAGCCAUUGUAUCCAUCUAAGAACAGAAUGUUCAUGUUAUUUGGUCUUCAGUCAGAACCAGGAAAAGAACAGCGCGCUAAGUACGAAUCGACACUAAGAGAGAUGUGGAAUAAAAUCUGCAUCUAUAUAUGCCCUGUUUGUCAGAAAUUGUCGACAUCAAGAAAUCCAUGUCCAAUUGGCCAACACGUUGGUGCGCAGAUUCCAUUUGAAGAUGGAAGUAUGGAACGCGAUGCAGUGGUCGCUGGUUUUCCGACGAAACAGAGAAUCUACGAAUGCUGCGGUCUUGUGAACGUCGCAUUCGAUUACGGAUGCAGCACAGAGACACAUCACUCAUUCCCAACUGAUCCGCUCUAUUUUGUUUCACAGUUAUUAUUUAACUAUUGUUAUUAA